GUUUUACGCAUCUGGCCAGCCGCGCCCUCCUCGCCUUCUCUCUCUCGCCCUCGCAGCAGCAGCAGCAUCUGCGCGCCCGACGGCUCUCUGCCAGCUCCGAAGCUGCCAUGUCCGGGGAAGAGGCGGCCGGGGGCGACGCGGGCGCCCCGCAAAGCGCCACCGCGGCGCCACCCGAGCAGCAGCAAGAAGCCACUCCGGCCGCGCAGCCCGCCGAGGAGGGCAAGGCUGCGGGGGCCCCGUCGGAGGCGGCUGCCGCUGCUCCCGGGCGCCAGUACCGGGCGCUGGUGCUGAGCGGCUUCGGCGGCUACGAGAAAGUGAUGCAGACGCGGCAGCUGCCGGCCGCCGAGCCCAGCCCGGCCGCGGGCCAAGUCAGCGUGGAGGUGCGGGCCUGCGGGCUCAACUUCGCGGAUCUGCUGGCCCGACAGGGGGUGUACGACAGGCUGCCGCCGCUGCCCUUCAGCCCGGGCAUGGAGGCGGCCGGCACCGUCUUGGCCGUGGGCGAGGGCGUCUCCAGCCCCAAGGUAGGUGAGAAGGUGAUGGUGAUGGCCAGGUCGGGGCUCUGGCAGGAAAUUGUGACCGUCCAAGCCAACCAGACAUUCCCCAUGCCGGAAGGGAUGAGUUUCGAGGAAGCAGCUGCUUUUUUGGUCAACUACAUCACCGCCUAUAUGGUCCUCUUUGACUUCGGCAACCUGCGAGCCAACCAGAGCGUCCUGGUCCACAUGGCAGCAGGUGGUGUGGGGACUGCAGCCGUCCAGCUCUGCAAAACUGUGGAGAACGUCACUGUUUUUGGUACAGCUUCUGCCUCCAAACAUGAAAUCCUCAAGGAGAAUGGGGUCACCCACCCAAUCGACUACCGGACAGCUGAUUAUGUGGCAGAAGUCCGGAAAAUCUCCCCCAAAGGUGUAGAUGUCGUCUUAGACCCUCUGGGGGGUUCAGAUACCACAAAAGGCUUUAAUCUCCUGAAGCCAAUGGGGAAACUAGUCACCUACGGUGUAGCCAACUUGGUAACAGGGCAGAGGAAGAACCUGAUGGCCAUGGCUAAGACCUGGUGGAACCAGUUCAGCAUCAAUGCCUUGCAGCUCCUGCAUCUCAACAAGGCCGUCUGCGGCUACCACCUGGGCUACCUAGAUGAGGAGGUGGAGCUCUUGAGCAGUGUGGUGAACAAGCUGUUGGCCCUCUACAACCAAGGCAAAAUCAAGCCCAAGGUGGACUCCGUUUGGCCCUUUGAUCAGGUGGUAGAUGCCAUGAAGCAGAUGCAAGAGAAGAAGAACGUUGGGAAAGUUGUGCUGAUUCCCGAAGCACCACCGAAGGACGAAAGCAAAGCAGCAGAAAACUAAAGUGAAAGGCGUGGGUGGAUUGUCUGACCUCAGGUCCUCAUGUUGUUGUAUUUUGGGUUGUGUUUUUUUUUUUUUUUUUUUAAAACCUGUCCCCUCUCCCCAUGUCUGACCCUUUGAUGGAAGUAGGAAUGGGCAUAUAGAUCUCUCACUGCUGUUCAUGGAAUAAGUGGUGUAAGGACCGAAAAGACACAUGUAUUGUCGUCGGCUGGAGGCGAUGCAAGCUUCUGGGUUUCACAGAACGCUUUGCACCAUCUCUAAAGCAUUGGCCGGCCUCCUUUCAAAAGUAAAUAAAUAGAAAGUAAUCACAGAGAGGAAUUGCAUUGAUCCUACAUCUCUGCUCCUGUAGCGUUAACACUUCAUUAAAGGAAUAACGAGGCCCAAUGUGAACUUGCAGGUGCCUGAGUCAAGUUCACACCCACUGAAAUUUCCUCUUGAUUUCUGGCUCCUUCUUUUACCUUUAUUUGUAACCUACCCACAACUCCACAAAAUCCAUGCCAAAUUCACCUCCGGAGCCCGCUUCUCUUCCCGCCCAGUCCCUCCCCUGCCUCUGGUGACUAAUAACUUUAGAGCACGUAAAACUCACAUUAUUAUUACAGCAGCCAUCGAAAGUCUCCAUGGAAACGGAGCUUCAAACCUGCCGCUUCCGAUGGGCAAAUUUAAUAAGCAGGACGCAUCCAACUUUUUCAGCUCUGCUGUGGCAAGAAGAAUGGAGGACAGGGAGAGAAUUGUGCCUCUGCGUUAUCUUGAUGCAGACAUGCUCUUGAUCCUGUCACCUCCUCCAGUAGGCAAAUGUCCGUUUGCUACGCUGGCAACCUUAGCAUAUCUAAACCAUUUUUUUAAUAAA